AUGAGUCAGUUGUUAGGUCGUCAAGACUGCAUCGAUAGUCUCCGGAAAGACCUCGUCGACCUUCAAGGAGCUAUUCUGGACGUCUUUUCCAGAACCGGACCGGUCCACUUUUCCUCCUGGAAGUUCCCGGACAAACUCUCCUGUAACCUGGACUUGGUAGCCCUGCUGGAGCGGUAUGACUUUGUGGAGGGAGAGGAUGCAUUCAAUCAGCACUCCCAUAUUGUCUUAUUGGAGCUGGUGAUUGACAGGUAA